AUGGAUGUCCUGAAGCGAUUACUGUCUAUAUUCAAGUCCGUCCGGACCCUCAUAUCCAUCCUGCGCGACCUCUCCAAUGACUGGUCCAAGGUCGCAGCCCGGAUGCGAGCGGCCCCGGGCUUCCCGCCCGCCAAGCCGACCCUCUCCCAGUGGCAGGACGACCCACCCUUCCCGGAGCUGGUCGACGUGCAAACGCCAGGCGGGCCGCCGCCCACGGCCCACAUCGUCAUCAUCGGCUCGGGCAUCAGCGGCGUGGCCAUCGCGCGGACGGUUCUUCGUGAGCUGCGGCGGAAAGGCCAGCUCUCGGGCCGGCGCGUCGUGGUCCUCGAGGCCCGCCAGCUGUGCUCGGGCGCCACCGGCCGCAACGGCGGGCACAUCAAGCCCAGCUCGCACGAGGUGUUCCACGGCCUGGUGCACAAGCGGGGGCUGGGCCGGGACCGCGCGGCGCGCAUCUGCGCCUUCCAGCUCAGCCACCUCGACGUGCUGACCGGCCUCGCCCGCGCCGAGGGCAUCGAGGGCGUGUCGGAGUGCAGGCGGGUGGAGACGGUGGACUUUGCGGUCGAUGCCGACACGGAUGCGAAGAUGAAGGGGAUGGUGGAGGAGUUCAUGCCGUAUGCGCCUGCCGGGUUCGAGAUGGUUGCUCACACGGGCGAGCAGGCGCGGGAGAGGUUCGGCGUCAAUGAGCGCGUGGCUGGUGCCGUGUCUUACCCGGCCGGCGCGCUGAGCCCGUACCGGCUUGUCACGGCCCUGUGGAGGAAGCUGUUGGGUGAGUUCCCUGGUGUGCUGGCCAUCGAGACCGGGACCACGGUGGAGGAGGUCAAGGUUGAUGACCAGAGCGGGCGGUCCUCCAAGCUGGAAGACGCUGGCUCAUUCCCUUAUGCCGUCAUCACCAGCAGGGGACAGAUCCUCGCCCACCACGUCGUUCAUGCCACGAAUGCGUUCACGUCACAGCUCGUCCCGGGACUGAGAGGCAAAGGCACAUCGGCUCUAUGCCAUAUGACCGCCCAGCGAGCGCCUGAAUAUUUCCCUGACAAGGAUGGUAGCCGUUCCUGGUCUGUUAUUUUCGGCCAAGGCUUUGACUACAUAACGCAGAGGCCGACGGGCGAGCUGAUGGUUGGAGGUGGUUAUUUCCAAGGCCCAAAGCAAGGAAUGGAUCUGAUGGGUGUCUACGAUGACAGCAAGAUCGACGCCCUGACGGUUAUGCACCUGGAAGGUGCCAUGUCUACCCUCUUCGACCCGGGCUACAAGGUGAAGGGCGAAGGCGCAAGGGUGAUCAGGGCUUGGUCGGGGGCUAUAGGCCUAGUUCCUGACUUCAUGCCGCUCGUCGGGCGGCUUGAUCCAAGGAUCACGUCUAGGAAAGUCAAGCAGGACUCUAAGACUGGUGGCCAAGUGCUACCAGGCGAGUGGAUCUCGGCUUAUUUCUGCGGCGACGGCAUGGUCUGGGCUUGGCUUUGUGGUGUAGCGCUCGGUAUCAUGCUCACUGGGAGCGAGGACGAGGCCCUGCCCGCAGAACCCGGUCGACCUGCGGGAAAGCUGGUGGACUGGUUUCCCUCGGAGCUCUAUGCUGGGUGGGAACGAGUAAAAGGCAUGGACAUCGUCGAUCUGGCUGAUGCAUUGUGA